UCUUCUCCCAGCCUGUGCGGCGGGUCGACCCGUUGUUGCUGUCGCGUAGAACACCAGAGCGCGAGUCUGGACUGAGGACCCGGAGCUCGCGCAUGGUUUGCAGUGCUGAUGCUGAAUGUGGUGGAAUGUUCGGCGCUCUCUUGUUCUGGCUGUCCGUCGACGACGAUGCGCGAGCGGACCCUGAGGCAACGAAGAUGCACGAUCACCGAUUGCGCCUGACAUCGGGGGACUCUGUGCACAGAAGGGGCGGCGUGAGGUGUUGCAGACCCAACGAGCCAUCGUCGAUGCAUCUCGGUCGAUGGUCUAGGCCGGUUAGCCCUGCUGCAGUCAGGCCAGGAACGCCACCUGCUUUCGCGGAUCAGAAGCGAGCUCACAGGUCCGAUCUGGAGCACCAGUCUUGGCAUCUUGAAAUCGUAGGGAAAUCGUUGACAGCCCACAACCAAGGUCCCAUUCACAUCAUGGGAGCCUCUUGCUGCCCUCACGCCCGCCGUUGGGGCGCCGCGUCUGAUCUUCCGACUUUAUCAUCGAUCCCAUGCAACCGGCGUCCGCGGCCCCAGCCAUUCGAGUGCCCAAAGUCGCUUUCCUCCACAUCGCUGCUCCUGUUCCUUUGCUACCCUGUUUCAUACAGCAUAGAACCCGCAGCAAGCUCGUUUGAUACAAGCGUGCCUAUCCGAGCCGUGCCCACCUGCUCUUGACGCCGACCCGCCUCUUUGGCCCGAUUCCGCUCGCCUUGAAGUACCAUCUAGCAAUCGGGGCCUUCCCUCGCAGAAGGAACCGGAGCAUGUCCUGCUCAUAGUCAGCGAAAUCCUUUAAUACCAAGAGACAACAUGGACGAUCCCCCGGGCACGAUUCCGCAAGCGACGCCCCACCCACGCCGGCCUCCCGCACACCAGUCUGUCUCCCUUCGCCAUAGCCCGCCUGCGAGCGGCGUCCCUCCUAAAGCGCCUACUUUCUACAACCCCCAGGCCACGGCCGUGAGCUCUCCCAAUGUGGGCGCAAGCGAUAAGGCGAACCCGCCGUCGAGCGUCUCUCCCCAGGUCAAGUCCAACAAGAACAGCUCUGGAGAGAGCAGCGACGCCGGAAAGUGGUUCGAGAACACCAACAAUGCGGUGCAGAGUAACAACAACCUCGACAGUAAGUAUCGCCUGUGGCUAUUUAGAGACUGGUCUAAACGCUC